CUGUAGCCAAUAGUAAACCUCAACACAAGUUUAAGUCAGACAAAAUCCAUUCAAGUGCAAUUAUGCAAAAAGGAUCAAAACUUUGUAUAUGUCAGAUAUGUAAUUGUGGUCGACAUAAAUGUCCACAUCAAAGAAGUAGAAGUGAUGCAAGCAAACCAUGUGGAAUAUCAGAAUAUACCACGAAGUAUAUUCAGCAUAAACUUGUACCUGUUGAGUCAUGUAAACCACCGCAUAAAGGUGUACAAGGCGAAGGUCAAAUGUCAUCAAACACAACACAUCGUACCGAUUAUGUACAGCAUCCUUUGAGCAUUCAAGGCAGCUGUAAGCGAGACGCAGAAUACCAACCACCUCAAGGAACAUUCGAUGGAAUGACUACGUAUACAAAGGAGUAUACUGGUAAACAUGGUGAAUCAGCUGUACCAGUAAAACCAGUCAACAGGAAAGGUACAACAGCGAAAUUCGAUGGAGAAGCCACUUAUACGACUGACUAUAGACCAUGGAAAUUAGAAAAACGUGAACUAGCCGUGUGCAGAGAAUCGAAUAUGCCCAAAUCGAAUGCACCUUUCAGUGGAAUGGCAACUUACACGUCUGAUUAUAUCGCUUAUGAUUCGAGACCACCAACUAGUUGUAAACCAGCUCAUAAAUAUCUAGAAAGUCAAACACCAUUUUCAGAUAGUACAAAUUAUCGUGAUUCAUAUCGUGUACCUGAUUUAUCAGAAAGAGCACGUCCAAUUAAAAAUAUGGAACAAACACAAAAAUCUACUGUUCCAAUGGAGCAUAUAUCCACACAUAUGAAUGAUUAUUAUUGGAAAACUGUAGUUCCAUCAGCGUCAUGUAAACCAGAAUAUACAGGGAUCAAAAACACUGAACCAUUCGCCAAGGAUACAACGCAUAGAAGUGAUUAUAGACAAUGGGAAGUUGCAGAAAGAAGUACACCAGUAAUGGGUGACGGUCAUUCAACUUAUCCAGAACCGUUGGGUAAAAUGAGCUCUGAUACAACCUACAAUAAGGACUACAUUCCAUUUGAACUACAGCAUCAAAAAGCUAUACGUAAAGCUGAUAAAUUAGGCCGUGGUACUGAGCUACCACCAUUUCAGGGUAUUUCAGACUAUACAGAUAGUUAUCGACGUUGGGCAUUGGAACCGCAUAUUAAAGUUACUCCCAGAGCAGGAACAUACACAAUACCAAAUGUUAAAUUUGAAGGGAAAAGUACAACUAGUGAUCAUUAUGUGCCCCAUUUGAAUUAUCGACCAGCUGAAUCAUGUAAACCGCUCAGUCAAGCUGUUAUGAAUCAAACACCAUUUGAUGAUGCUACAUUAUAUCGAAUGGAGUAUACACCUAAACAUUUAGAACCUUGUCCAGCUGUAUUGCUUACCACUGGUCUGAGUAAUUAUGUAUUCGCUGAAGAGAGUGACACAGGACACUUAUUCUAUCGUAGAGCUUCAAAUGCCUCACUGAUCAAUUCUCAGAAUUCAGGGACAAAUUUAAUCAAUCAUCAAAAUGCACCGCUGAAGGUAGCUAACUAAUGGAUAAGUGGAUGAGGAGAAUUUUCAGGAGAAUUUAAUAUUGCCUUCCUCGUAUGAAUUAAAUUUACCUGCAACACGAUAACAUAUUAUUCCACUUCAACAUGCACCCACCAUAUUUUAAAGAUCAUGUCUGAUUUAUAUAAUUAUACUUUUCUUGUUUACGUCACUUUUGUCUAACAUUUUAUUAUUAUUAUUAUUAUUAUUAUCUAAUCGUCACUGUGAGAGUAAAUCUCGCUUUAAGCACCUCUUUUUCUUAAUCGUCAAUCGUGAAUUGUUGCUCAAUGUGUUCAAUUAGUGAAUUUUGUUUGUUUUAAUUAGUGUCCUUGUUAUUCUAACCAAUCAGAUUCAAGAAGCUAGCAAUAGUCUAUUUUUAUUGGUUAUUAUUUUAGCCUUAUACUUUGUUUGUUCGUCCUUCUCUUAUUUUUUUCAUCUAUUUUUGUUUAAAUUAGAGCACUCAUUAUUGUCUUUUUCUUUUGCUAUGAUGUUUACUUAAUUAUUUAUUUAAGAAUUGCGCCUUUUUUCUUAAAUAUGUUUGUUUUUUUUCCUUCGAAAUAUCUGAUUACCAUUGAUUUCCAGUCUCUUCUCCCUAUAAUGCUCUGAUCGUUGUUUGUCCGAUCACUAUUUACGUUUGAAUUUCGCUGUUUAACAUAUCCUGCACACACACACACGCACACAUACAAAUGCACACAUCUACACUUGUGGCCUUGAGGAGUUGAAGGUUCAAUAUUAUUUAUUAGUGGUCCUGUUUCGUUCUAGGUGAAAUAUGCCUUUAUUGGUGUUUUUGAAUAUUGGUACAAAAUGCCUAUCUGAUAGAAUUCCUCAAGGGAUAUUUAAAAAUGGAUUUUGCUGUUCUCAUUGUUUACUAUCACACAAUCUGCUUUUAAUUAUAUUUUUCAAUGCACA